GAUCAUCUCAAAUUCAUUAUUGGCCCUCUACCUUGCAGGCUCUGCUGCCUGACUUCACCAGCUUCAGAGGAUCAUAUGGAAAACAGGAACAAUGUGACUGAAUUUAUCCUCCUGGGCCUCACCCAGAAUCCUGAAGGGCAGAAAAUUCUAUUUGUCACAUUCCUGCUCAUCUACAUCGUGACCAUAAUGGGCAACCUGCUUAUCCUGGUGACCAUCAUAGCCAGCCAGUCCCUGGGCUCCCCGAUGUACUUUUUUCUGGCUUAUUUGUCUUUUAUAGACACAGUCUACUCUACUGCAAUUGCUCCCAAAAUGAUUGUAGAUUUGCUUUAUGAGAAAAAGACCAUAUCCUUCCAUGCUUGUAUGACUCAAAUUUUUAUAGAUCAUUUAUUUGCUGGGGCUGAAGUCAUUCUCCUGGUGGUGAUGGCCUAUGAUCGAUAUGUGGCCAUCUGCAAACCUCUUCAUUAUUUGACUAUCAUGAAUCGGCGGGUGUGUGUUCUCAUGCUGUUGGUGGCCUGGAUUGGAGGCUUUAUCCACUCCUUAGUUCAGUUUCUCUUUAUUUAUCAGCUGCCUUUCUGUGGCCCUAAUGUCAUUGACAACUUUGUGUGUGACAUGUAUCCCUUGCUGAAUCUUGCUUGCACCAAUACCUACCUCCUUGGUCUUUCCAUGAUAGCUAAUGGAGGAGCAAUUUGCACUGCCACCUUCUUGAUUCUCCUAAUUUCUUACGGGGUCAUAUUACACUCCCUAAAAAAACAUGGUUUGGAGGGGAAACGCAAAGCUUUCUACACCUGUGCUUCCCACAUCACUGUGGUCAUUUUAUUCUUUGUCCCCUGUAUCUUCCUGUAUUCGAGGCCCAAUUCCACAUUUCCCAUUGACAAAUCCAUGACUGUGUUUUUGACUUUCAUAACUCCCAUGUUGAACCCCCUAAUCUAUACCCUGCGGAAUGCAGAAAUGAAAAACGCCACGAGGAAACUUUGGAGUAAAAAAGUGACCGUAGCUGGGAGAGGGCUGUAUCCCUCAUGCAGAACAUGA